GUUCAUUUCAUACUAUUUCAGGUUAUUCUGGUUUUCAUCGUCUGUCAGCCUCACCUCCAUCUCCAUCCCUCCAUUUUCGUGUUUUCUCUCCAUGCCCAAAACAACCACCUGCUGCUGCUCCUCCUACUAAGCAAACAGCUCUUCCUCAACCGCGCUGCGACUCGCGGGCACUGCCUCUUUUCAUCCAGUGACUCCUACUUUAAUUCUCUGUUCAUUUCUUUCAUUUCUUUCAUUCUUUCAUUCUUUCUUCCUCUCUCCCUCUCUCCCUCCCUCCCUCCUUCCUCCUCUCUCUCUCUUGCCCCCCCCUUCUUUGACCUGUCAUCGUCGGUCAUUCACAUGGACCUGAUGAGCUCUCGGUUCAAGUCGUUCAGCUUUGGGAAGCGAAAUAAGCACCAGAAUAACGUCGCUGCAGCCCAACCUGUUGCCAAUCCUUCGACAAGAACGCUUAUCCCCCCGUCGCACCCCUCAACUGUGCCUCCCACCUCCACCCCCUCGGCCACUUCAACCACCUCCGCCAGUUCCCCUCCUUCCGGCCACAGCUCGUCAACCACCAGUCUUCCCAUGAAUAACCAGAACCCUAUGGGUCGCCCCCCGAGCUACACCUACAAUACGAUGGCUGGGCGGCCCACCAGCCCCAUGCCGCCCGGUCAACAGAUGGCCGCUCACCACGCACCACCGCUGAAUACCACCAAUAUGCCUUAUGGCCAGCAACCGGUUCAGCCUCUUGGCGCCCCUCCGGGAUAUGGCCUGCCACAACCUGUCGGCCAUGGAAUGGGCCAAGGCGUGCCUCAGUCUCAGGCGCCGUACGGGAUGCGAAACCCAGCCGAAGUCGAGGGCGCUGGUCGGAGUAAGGCUCAACUCAUUGUAGGAAUUGACUUUGGUACAACCUUUUCAGGUGUCGCUUUUGCCUUCGCGACCAACAACGAGGCAAGAGAGGAUAUUAUUACUGAAUGGCCUGGAGCUGGUACUCAUACUAAACAAAAGAUCCCAACUGUCUUAUAUUAUGACCAAUACCAGGAAGUGGUAGGAUGGGGUCCUGAUAUCGCAAAUGCGCUUGCCCCCACUGGUUAUCCGAAGCAAGGGGUGCAGAAAGUUGAGUGGUUCAAGCUUCAGCUGAUGCUUUCUGGAAAUACGUACAUUGACCCCAUCAAUCUGCCGCCCCUUCCGCCAGGAAAGUCGGAGGUCGAUGUGGCAGCCGACUAUCUCUUUAAGCUACGACAGGCGAUGCGCGCUCAAUUACAAAAAACCCUAGGAGAAGUGUUUACACGAGAGGAGCGCAACAUCCGAUACUACCUCACAGUACCUGCGAUAUGGGACGAUGCAGGCAAGGCGGCAACGCGCUCAGCGGCUCUGAAAGCUGGAUUCUUACGAGACGAGAAUGAUAACCGUCUGACCCUGAUCUCAGAGCCCGAGGCGGCCGCCCUUUUCUGCGCCAAAACCGGCUUGUUGAGUCUGAAAAUCGGCGAUGCGAUCCUUAUCGUUGACUGCGGUGGAGGAACCGUAGAUUUGAUCGCGUACGAAGUUGAGGAGGAGCAGCCUUUCAGCGUAGCCGAAUGCACCGCAGGGUCUGGAGACUCGUGCGGCUCGACAGCCUUGAACCGGAACUUCAGUAAUAUUCUUCGGGCCAAAAUCCGGAAAAUGAAAUUGCCCGAUGGCUCUCGAACCGCGGGCAAGGUGUAUGCGAAGUGUAUCAUGGACUUUGAAAACCGGAUCAAGGCCGAUUUCCGAAACAACGGCCAGAAAUGGGCGGUAGACGUUGGUAUUGAAGCGGAUUUCCCCGAUGCUGGAAUUGAGGAGGGAUAUAUGACCUUCACCAACGAGGAAAUCCUUCAGUGUUUUGAACCUGUUGUCAACAGGAUUCUGGAGCUGGUGCGCAAUCAGAUCAUUGCAAUCCAAGCCCAAAAUCGGUCUCUGCAGCUGCAGAAUGUUCUCGUGGUAGGUGGGUUUGGUGCGUCGGAGUAUCUUUUCCAACAGAUCAAGCUGCACGUACCGCCACAAUACCAGUCUAAAGUCGUUCGACCAAUGGACUCGGUGGCCGCGAUUGUGAAGGGUGCCGUCACCGCAGGCAUUACCGAGCGAGUGAUCACACACCGUGUUGCGCGGCGACACUACCUGAUGGCCACGCUCCAACCGUUCAAGGAAGGAUACCACCCCGAGCAGUAUCGUGUCCCCAGUCUUGACGGUCGGGAUCGGUGCAAGUAUACACGCCAGAUUUUCGUGCAGAAGGGCGAGCGAGUCAAGAUUGGCGAGCCGGUCAAGGUUAGCUUUUUCCGGCAGGUUGCACCGGGGGCAACCCUUAUGUAUGAGGAUAUCUUGUACGCCUGUGAUGAGGAUGUGUGCCCAGAGUACACGAAGGAUCCACGUAGGUCACCUUUGCCAUUUUGUCAUCGCGAACUGAAUCGAGUAUCCGGAUUAUCUUUUCUAACCCCGUUUUCUGUCACAGGAAUCAAGGAGGUUGUCACGCUCACGUCAGACUUAUCACGUAAAAACCUGGAGACCGACUUUGAGCGCAUGGACACGCCUCAGGGUACUUUUUACCGUGUAUAUUUUGAUAUCUACCUGACGCUAGAUGGCAGUGAGUUCAGUGCGGAAUUAGUUUGCCAAGGCGAGGUGAUGGGACGAUGCCGGGCCAAGUUCAGAUAA